AAAUUUUGGAGAUGACAACCCCCCCGAGAAGAUUAGGGUUUUCCAGUGCGAUUACAUACACAAAAAUCACACAUCUCGGUGCGAAGAAAGAAAAUGAAAAAAANAAAAAAAAAAAAAAAAAAAAAAAAAAAAAACAUCACGAUGAUGUUAUGUUCUUGCCCUUAUUACUUUUGUCUUUCUCAGAUUCUUCGCUGUGUUCCAAAAUAUCUCAGCAAGUGAAUCAAGUCGGCGAGCCGGAAACGGCGUCGUUUUGUGGUUUACUGAGAAAGAGAAAAAGAGAGAUAGUUCCGGGGUCCACAUAUAUUAAAGCAAGAGAGAGAGAGAGAGAGAGAGAGAGAGCAAAAGAAAUGAUUGUACAAAAAGACGAAAACCCUAAUCAUUUUCUAUUGUGCGGCGGCGUCGUCAGACGAAAGGCUGGAAGAAUGACGAGAGCCGGCAAGAAAAAAGCUGGAAGAAGAAUGACGAGGACGAGGAUCUGCGAUCUUCCACUGGAUUUGGUAGGGGGGAAAAUACUCACGAGGGUUCCGAUAACAUCUCUGGGAGCUGUGAGAUCCACUUGCAAAUUAUGGAACACUUUAACCAAAGAUUGGGUUUUGGGUGAAGCGUCAGCGUCAAGGCAACAGUUUUUAGGGUUUAUGACGAUAAAUUCAAAGGUUUGUUCAGUUAAAUUCCAUAGCAGAAAGGAAAAAGAAGAAGAAGAAGAAGGACAAGACUUGGCUAUAAAGCAGGUAGAUUUGCUUAAUCAAGUCAAGAUAUCUAAAGUGCAUCACUGCGACGGCUUACUGUUAUGCGUCGCUGAGGACAAGUCGAGGCUGCUGGUUUGGAACCCUUAUUUGGGGCAAACAAAGUGGAUCAGACUCAACGAUUUCCACUGGCAAGACAGUUAUGCUUUUGGAUACGACAUGAACCGUAACCACAAAAUCGUGAGGUUUCAGGAUUAUUACCAACAUCCAAAAAAAGUUUCCAGGUACGAAAUCUACCAGUUGAGCUCUAAUUCAUGGAGGGAUCUCAAGGUCCAUCGACCCGACUUGGAUAUAGUGUUUAACCAUAGCGCGUCUGUGAAGGGAAAUGCCUACUUUUUUGCUCAAGAGAAUCGGCAGUAUAUUGAACCUAAUGAAGAUGGAGAGAUAACGGAUCUUGAAGAUUUCUUGAUCUGUUUUGAUAUCACAACAGAGACAUUUGGUCCGCCUCUGCCUCUUCCGUUUCACUCUGGUAUCGACGAGACUGUCACUUUCUCUAGCGUUAGAGACGAGCAGCUCGUGGUGCUCUAUCAUAAUGAGGGUGUUUAUUAUUGUGAUAAGAUUAGCACAGUUGAGUUUUGGGUUACUACCAAGAUCGAGCCCAACUCUGUGUCCUGGAGCAAGUUUUUGCAAGUGAAUAUGAGACCGGUCGACCUCACUGGUGAACUGUUUAACCAUGAGAUGGGUGGGGGCACCUUCUUCAUUGACGAGGAACAGAAAGUCGCUGUGGUGUUUGACAUAGACGGAUACCUAACCACCCUACCCACCCUACCCGAGAGAGUUCGUUACCACACAGCUUUUAUCAGUGGACAAGACGGAUACUUCAAACCUGUGACUCUUGGAGUCGCUCCCAAUCGCGGGGAACCUUGUCAGUCCUCAUCAGGGCCUUGUUUUGCGAGUCUAUAUUGUCCCCCGGUUGUGUGCUCUUCUUCUUACCUUCCCAGUUUGGUGCAACUCAACUAAUUAACUGCUCAAAAGGAAAGAGAGAUGUGUUUAGUUUCCUGUUUCUUUCAUAUCUCAAGACUGCUACUUCUCAGUUUCGUUUCUAUUUUAUCAGCUAAGUAAGUUAAACGAUUUCAGCUUUCUAUUAAUCUACCCUAUUUCAUUCGUCCUUGUUCUUGUCAUAGACCAUGGUUGAAGUUUCUUGGUGAAGUAACCUUUUUUUUGCUUUCUUGCAUUGUCGUCUGGUAGUCAAUUUAUCGUUCUACCCA